CAUUUGCAAGUACAACAGUUCUCUGUGCAGCUCCCCAUUCAUUUCCUGAGAACUGCGAGAGCUCAGCAGCUGAGCGACAGAAGGGGAGGGAGCUGUGCACACAGAGAGGGAGAGAGAGAGAGUGAGAGAGAGAGAGCGAGAGAGAGCGAGAAAGGGGAACGAGAGAGCGAGAGAGAGGACUGGAGAAGAGAACUGUUUCCUACGGCUCUGCAGCUUCUGACAAGACGGCCCGAGAACAGGAUGUUAAUGCUUGACGGAAUGCCUGCAGUCCGAGUCAAAGCCGAGCCCCUGGAAUCGGAACAAGGGUCCCCCAAAGUACACCGCUACCCCACGAUGGACGCCGUCCCCCUCCUCCUGAGCAAAGUCAAAUCUGAACCUCCUGAGGACCUGCUCUCCCACGACCCCCACUUCCAGACGCAGACCGAGCCCGUCGACCUGUCAAUCAACAAGCCGCGCCCCUCCCCCCCGUCCGUCACCUCCACCGCUUCUCCUGUCACUUCCGCUUUCUCUCCGUCCUCCAUGUCUUCUUUAUCAUCAUCCUCCUCCUCUCCGUCUGUCAUCACAUCUGCCUCAUCUGUGCUCACACCCGGGCCCCUGGUGGCCCCUGGAGCCGGUGUCCAGGGUCAUCAUCAUCAUCAUCAUCAUCAUCAUCAGCAGCAGUUUUUGCACAUCCUGCACCCUGUGCCGCCGCCACCCUCCAGCCCCUUGAACCUGGGAGGGGUACAGGGCAUAGGAGGAGGAGUAGGGGGAAAGAUGGGGGGCCACCACCUGCAUCGUAUCCCUGUAGUGGUACAGUCCCUGCCCCUCAUGUACACCACGGCCGUGCGCUCACCCUCCAGCCUCCACAACAAUGCCAUCAUGCUACCUCUGCUGGACAAUCAUAAGAGCCACCAUAGCAAAGCAUACACAGACCACAACAGCUUGUCGCCGCGGCACAUCAAGAGUGACAGUGACGAUGAUGACCUGCCCAAUGUCACCCUGGACAGUGUCAUCGAGACCGGAUCUACCGCGCUGUCUAUAGCACGCGCCGUACAGGAUUCCAUGUCACCAUUCAGUAUUGAGAGCAUACGGCGCCCUCAGAGGUCAGAGUCGCCCGACUCCAAGAAGAGACGCAUCCACAGGUGUGACUUUGAGGGCUGCAAUAAGGUCUACACCAAGAGCUCCCAUCUAAAAGCACACCGGAGGACGCACACAGGUGAGAAGCCAUACAAAUGCACCUGGGACGGCUGCACGUGGAAGUUCGCCCGCUCUGACGAGCUGACUCGCCAUUACCGGAAACACACAGGCAUCAAGCCCUUCAAGUGUGCAGACUGUGACCGCAGCUUCUCCCGUUCAGACCACCUGGCUCUGCAUCGACGGAGACACAUGCUGGUGUGAAACAGUUUCAGGGUGAUGAUGUCAUCAGACGAAGCAGAAGCACACAUUUACACACACACACACACAUCGUCGCAGGGGGGGAGCGGGGUCUCUCCCUCAAUGUGGUUCAGCUGGACUGAACACACACUGUUGUCUAUCCGUGAGGCAGUGGGAAAAGAGAGCGAAAAGCACAGAAUGGUGUUUGUCUGUCCACAGAGCAAAAAAAAAACAGGGUCGGUUCUGGAUCCUCACUGACUGAGGAGGGUUGGAACCGGAGAAGGCUCUUUUGUUGUCAUUUUGGAGUUUGGAGUUUUUACGACAAUCUGUCUUUUUUCCUAGCACUGUUCUUAAAUGGUUUCACUUCUGAGUUUUUUUGGAGGGAUGUUCUUCGUUCAUUUGGAAGGAAACUUGAAUCGCAACCAUUUUGUUCUUGUUGUCUUUGUUUUAGUUAUAUUGUUCAAAAUGGCUGCUUUUCUAGCGUCUAUAAUGUGAAAGAACUCUAUGGAUUGGAUGGCUGGAUGAAUGGAUGGAAGGGCUGUAUGCAUGUGUUUUGAAGUAUAGGGCCUUGGAUUGGACAAUGGAAUAAAAAGACACAGAUUCCAAUUUGCCUAUGGAAAGUAUUGUUGCACAGUUCCCGCCGUACAGCAGCUUCCUGAAUCUCUGUGUUUCAGGACAACCCGGCACCAGAGGGUGCCAUCCACACAUAGAUUGUACCUAUAAAAACUGGUUUGAGUGUUCUAGAAUCAGUAUUGUAGAAUAAGUUCUAGUACCAGUGUUCUAGAUUAAGAAGCAUCCGGAGCAUCGCAAUGGACCAGUGAUGUAGAUGCAGAGUUGUUUUUGCUAUUUGUUUUGUUUUUCAUUCAAUGGAUCUUGUUAACACACGAGAUCGACUCAACCACAUUGAGGCUCAUCACCUUGAGCCUCUUCUAAACUUUUUCUUUAAAAAAAAACUUGAUUGGUGCAUUUUGUGCAGUGAUUAGCAAUCAGUAAAGUGCAAUCUCAUUGGGUAAAUAGAGUUUUAAUAUGGAGACUUUUAUUGUAUCUUGCUGUGUAUGCCUGUUUUUGAUACAUUUUCACAAAGAAACAUCAAUCCGCACCCCCAAUGUACAAUGAAAAAUCGAAUGAACAUAUCCGGUAUGUGAAAACAACUUUGAAGCACCUUACAGAUUCACACAUAUGAUGAUUCCAUAAUAUUCAAGGAUUUUGUUUCAUAUCCCUGGUAUUUUCAGUGGAAGGGAUUGGCAUUGUGAUCAUUUGUGUGUUAGUAGUCUAUAGGUAAAGCAUAUUGGCUUCAGUUCAGAGGGCUAACCCGGGAACUCAGUUGCUCUAGUUCAAUUGGAAGGCAAUACGUUCAGAACAGGGAAAUGUUCUGGUUGCUGAUACCCAAAAUGACCCUAAAUCCCUCUGUUACAGAUAUAUUUCUACCAGUGCCACUUCGUACUCUAUACUACACAUUUCUAUAUUUCUACUGGGUUUGUAGCUACAGCACAAGGUUCUAGGCAAGCUCACUGUAAACAGUUUGGAAAAUGUCACAUUAAUGAUGGGUGGUUGAGGAGGAACAGGUUUUUUCAAAAUGUAUUCAUGAACAGACCUACAUGUUUGUCGAACUUGGAACAAAAUCUCCCCUUCUCUUUUCUACAUCGUAGUACACGAUGCACACAGACAGUUGGCCCUGUAGCUUUGUCUGGGGGUUUGCGAGAGAGCGAUGUCUUUUUUAGUCAUACAGAGGUCUUCAGAUCCAGCUUCAGGUCUACCUUUUCUUGCAAUUUGUCUUGCAUGUCCCUCAAUGACAGAUAUCCAUACUGCGGUUUCUACUGUCUCAUCUACCAUAUCUCAGAGUAAAGGGUUAUUCAACACAGUAAAACCACAUUUUGAUCAGUCUCUGUACAUGGAUCAAAAAGAGAUCUACGGCAAAAUAGAGAUGUUUUCACAGCUAUAGGCUGCCUUACAAAAGUAUUCAGACCCCUUGAAUUUUUCAAAUUUAUUGUGUUACAAAGUGGAAUUAAAUUGUCAUUUUUUGUCAACCAUGUACAUACAAAACUCUGUAAUGUCAUUUUUUUUAAUUAAUAAAAUAAAAUAGUCAUUGCAUAAGUAUUCAGCCCCAUUUGUUUAGGCAAGCCUAAAUUAGUUCAGGAGUGAAGUUUGGCUUAACAAAUCCCACAAAUCACAUGUACAUGGACUCACUCUAUGUGAAAUAAUAGGGUUUGACAUGAUUUCUAAAGGACUAACCCUUCCUCUGUCCCCCAUACAACAUCUGUAAGGUCCCUCAGACAAGUAUUGUAUUUAAAGCACAUAUUCAACUACAAAGUCCAGGGAGAUUUUCGAAUCAGACAUGGACAUGGACUAUCUCUUUAAGCAUGGUCUAGUUAAUAAUUAUGCUGUGCAUCAUAUAUUAAACCACCUAGGCACCUCAAAGAAACAGUCGUUCUUCUGAACUGAGCAGCAGGACGGGAAUGAAACUACUCAGGUAUCUAACCAUCAGACCACUGAGGAUUUUAAACCAGCUGCGGAGUUUAAUGGCUGUGAUGGGAGAGAACUGAGGAUUGAUCCAUCCUCAAAAAAGGAUGGAUCACAUACACAUAUUUAGCAGAUGAUCACCAACAUUGUAGUGACUCCAAAAGAAUGACCUAAAUGAUAGUCAAAAGAAUAACACAAAUAUACAAAAUAAUAUAAUACUGCAAAAAAACAUGGCAAAUGAAUAGUGUAUUCAUUUGCCAUGUUUUUUUGCAGUAUUAUAUUAUUUUGUAUAUUUGUGUUAAUUACUUUUGGCCUAAAUGCAAAGCCCUAUUUUGGGGCAAAUCCAACACAACACAUCACUGAGUAACGGUCUCCUUAUUUUCAAGCUUGGUGGUGGCUGAAUCAUGGAUGCUUGACAUCAGCAAAUACUGGGGAGAUUUUAAUGGAUAAAAAGAAAUGGGAUAGGGCUAUACACAGUCAAACUCCUGGAGCAAAACCUUCUUCAGUCUGCUUUACACCAGACACUGGAAUUCAUCUUUCAGCAGGACAAAAACCUACAACACAAGGCCAAAUCUACACUGGAGUUGCUUACCAAGAAAAUAGUGUUUGUUCAUAAGUGGCCAAGUUACAGUUUUGACUUUAAUCUGCUUGAAAAAGUAAGGCAUGACUUGAAAAUUUCUGACUAGCAUUUUGAACAUAAUAAUUGGCAAAUAUUGCACAAUCAAGGUGUGCAAAGCUCUUAGAGACUUACCCAAGAAGACUCACAGCUGUAAUUGCGGUCAAAUGUGUUUUUUAACAUGUAUGGACUCGACUAUAUUUCCUACGACUAUAUUUCCUUUAUUUCUUUUGAAUACAGAGUAUUUUGUGUAGAUUGUUGAGAAAAGAAAUACAAUUAAAUCAAAUUUAAUCCCACUUUGUAACACAAUAAAAUGUGAAGAAAUCCAAGGCAUCUCAAUACUUUUGAAAGGCACUGUAACUGGGUUAUUCUAAAAAUAAUAAUAUGGCUCAACUUCCAUUUAGUCUUAGCUAUGACGUCAACCACUUAUGUUUUGCAGGUUGUUUGACGUCAACUUUAAAUUUCCAAUUUAUCCAGCCGGUUGGAAAUAGAUGCCUAUGGACAUACAAAUAACACUACAUAAAUCUUUCUGAGACACAUGAAAGCAAUAUUGUAAGCUUUUCCUAUCAGCGAAGUUAUCAGAUUUCACUUUUUUGCAAUUAUGUGACACAGAUCUGAUGGUGUUUAUCAUUAUCAAAGCCGUUCAUAACAGAAUCCCACAUGUAUGAUAACUGUAUUUGUUCAAAGUAUUUUUACAACUUGCAUUUUAUACACAGAGGUUUUCGCUGGAUCCCCGCUUACAGUUUCAGAAGCACAUUUCAGAAGGCCAGCAUAUGCUCAGUGACUUUAAUAACACACACAGACACACCAGCGUAGUGGUCCUGUACUAGAGUUCAAAACCACAUCAUUACCUGAAACAAAACUAUAUUUUGCAGAAACAUGCCCAAUUUGUCUCUUUCCCUUUUGGUAUUAUGAAGUAUUAUAAUAUAUGUCAUAUUAUGUUGCUACGGUAUAUGUUUGUGUACAUGUGAAUAUUUCCAAUUGUAUUGCCUUUUUUGGCUCAUGCAUAUCAUCAGCACCUUGUUUGUUAUGAAGUAUAGUUUUUAAAUGAAUUCAUUUGAAAUGUUAAAUCCAUUGAUACAUAUUAAUAAUUAUCAACAUAUUUUAUUAUUCAUAUACUGUACUUUUCUGAAAUGAGGGGCACUUCAUCUUGCAUAUAACAAUUUUCUGUAAAAAAAUAUAUAUAUUUUGAAAUGUUGUAAAAUAUGUGAUAGUGGAAAUAAAUAAAAAGUAUUACUCAGUUCUACAGUCUGUAUAUACAUAAAAGAAAUAGGCCUUUUAAUUAUUAGACAACAGGAAAUACAUUUAUACAUGUAAAGUCUUUUUCAGAGACACUCAUUUAUCUGAUUUGAUAUACAGUACAAUGGAGCUAUUGAUAAUAAACAAUUUGUUAUCUAAAAUACUCAUAUAAAUGAUCAAAUGUGAUGUCAAAAAUUUGCCAUUUAGCAUUUUGGUUUGUGAUUGUCUUCUUUCUCAAAACAAGAGAAAGUUUCCAUAUAAAUAUUGUCAAACAUUUGAUCAGAUAAUUGCUGUAUAGAUCAAACCCAAAUACGUUAUUCUCCACCCACCCACGUUCAAUUGAACAAUCUUACAAGUAGAAGUGCAGAUUCAUAUCAACAUUAUAUCAAACUAUUUAAUUCAGGGUUUCAUUCACAAUAGCAUUGUUGUUAAUUUUUUUUAACUUCACUUGAAAGUUAACUAAUAUUUUGCAUGUGUACACAUAGGCUUAUUGUAUGCAUGCAUUAUCAUUCCCCUUUAGCAUUAUGAAAACUUUUUACAAGCAUCCAAGUAAUGGUAAGCAGGGUCAAACUUAUGCAAUAAUGAAUAGUGCCUCCUAUCACAGCAAAUCUCUGAAAAGCAUCCACUUAAACUAUUUCACAACUAACAUGUAUCACAUUAAUUCAAAAUAAUAGACUUUUGAAUUGAUACUCAGCCAGAGAAGUAUUCGUAAAAAAAUAAAAGCACAUCAACUCUGAAAUCAUUAUGCAAACAGGCCACCUCCCAUUUUUCAGUUUAUAUUCAAUGCACUGAGCCUUACCACAUUGUUUCAAUACAGUAUCCUCAUACCAGCCUUUUACAUGCUGUAUGAAUCUCCCAUGGAAGCUGAAUAUGAUUUGCAUGGAUGUAUUUUGCUGAAAACUUCGCUUAAAAUAAUUUAAUUGUUUUAUCGUCAUCGUAUCAUUUGGGUUUUGACCUCUCCGAUACUGGUUAUUUGUGCAAAUACUUUCAUUUUUCAUAAUCAUAUUUCUGCAUACAAAAGCACAGAAGAGCCAUUUGAUAUAACUGAUUUUACACAGUGUUGAAUGUAUUGUGGUUCACAGGGAAAGCUCUAUUGAAUGUGUAAAAGCCAGAAUACCAACCCUUGGGGAGCACCCUGUGAAAUCAAUUUGAUUACACUUAUAUCUGUAUCCGUUCAAUAUUAAUUUAAUUUCUGUUUUAAAUUAUGCGUUUCUUUUAUCUCUGCUUUUGAAUAAUUAUUUAGUGAUGCGAAUGCCUUUGUUUCAAGCUUACUGCUAUUAUGUACAGUAAUUGUUGUUCCUGUAUUUAUGUAUAGUGCCUGUAUUGUACAUUUAUUCAGAGUUUUUCAUUCUUACAGUAAAGUUGUGAUAUUGCCCUGCAAUGUUUCAAAGGGAGACCCUAGCUCAAGGAAUUCUAUGAACAGAUUCGGAAACCCAAUGUUUUUCAAAGGUAGAAAUAACAAGUGUUUUUCUCAUUUCUUUUUCUUUCUUCUGUUUUAUUAUUUUCUGUUCUUCAAAAGUUGUCUAAAUAUUCUGUCAAUAGUCUUCAUAUGGACGGAGCUGUGAAAUGAAACCGAGUUCCAACAUAAUGUUUAUUAAUAUGAAUGGAGGCAUGAAGGUUAAUAAAGUUACAUUUUGUAUGUAA